GAGAGCUCGGCGUGGAGCUCGCGCUCCAUUAGAUAAGUUUCUCCUUUCUAGUGUGAGUUUGUGCUGCAUGGUCCACCAUACCCCACCCUCAGCGUCUUGGGAGUCACGCGCUCCAGUAGAUUGUCCUCUGAAGACUCAUGUUGCCUGAGGAAGAAGCCCGGAAGAGGAGGGAGAGGAAAGAAAAGGAGCCAGGAAUGGCUGUUUCUCAGGAACAGUUGACAUUCAAGGAUAUUGACAUAGAAUUCUCUCAGGAGGAGUGGGAAUGCCUGGAACCCGCUCAGCAAGCCUUGUACAGGGACGUGAUGUUGGAGACCUACAGGAACCUGCUCUCCCUAGACAUCUCUCCUACACACGUGAUCAAGAAAUUACAACUAAAAGUAAACACUGGUAGAGGAGAAGUAUUACAAAAAGUGAUGUUGGGAAGACAUGAAAGGAAUAAAGUGAAACGUUUUAACCUCAGGGGAAUCCAGGAAAAUAUAUCUGACUUUGAGCCUCAGCAGAGAGAUGAGGAACAGUUGACAUUCAAGGAUAUUGACAUAGAAUUCUCUCAGGAGGAGUGGGAAUGCCUGGAACCCGCUCAGCAAGCCUUGUACAGGGACGUGAUGUUGGAGACCUACAGGAACCUGCUCUCCCUAGACAUCUCUCCUACACACGUGAUCAAGAAAUUACAACUAAAAGUAAACACUGGUAGAGGAGAAAUAUUACAAAAAGUGAUGUUGGGAAGACAUGAAAGGAAUAAAGUGAAACGUUUUAACCUCAGGGGAAUCCAGGAAAAUAUAUCUGACUUUGAGCCUCAGCAGAGAGAUGAGGUAAGAAAUUACAAAGGAACUCCUAUGUCCCAUAAUGAAAAUCCUACUGAUAAGAGAGAUGGACUUGGUAGGAGUGUUGCAGGAAUUAAGCCUAUUGAAAAUAGGCUUGCAUCAAGCUUUCGGGAUGAAUUGCAUAUAUUUAAAAGUGAACAAAAAAUUGGUGAAUUUAAUCAAGCUGACAAGAAUAUCAACAGUAGUGCCUCAUUUUCACCACCUCAGACAGUUACUCCUGUUGUCCAGACAAGCAUUUCUUAUACAAAUGGGAACGAUUUUGUGCAUCCUUCAGUACUGACACAAGACCAGAGGGCACACAGGGAACAACCUUACAAAUGUAAUGAGUCUGGCAAAACCUUUCAUCAGGUCUCAAACCGCACUCGACAUCAGAUCAUCCAUACAGAAGAAAAAUUACAUAAUUGUGAUGUAUGUGGCAAAGUUUUUAGUCAAAAUUCAGACCUUGCAGUUCAUCAGAGAACUCAUACUGGAGAGAAAUCUUACAAACAUAACGUGUGUGGCAAAACCCUUGAUCAUGGCUCACACAUCACUGGACAUCAGGUAAUCCAUACAGAAGAGAAUUUUUAUAAAUGUGACAUGUGUGAAAAAGUCUUUAGUCACAAAUCAAACCUUGCAGUUCAUCAGAGAAUUCAUACUGCAGAAAAACCUUACAAAUGUAAUGUGUGUGAUAAAGUGUUUAAUCACAACUCGAAUCGUAGAAGACAUCAGUUAAUCCAUACAGGAGCAAAACCAUAUAAAUGUGAUGUAUGUGGCAGAGUCUUUAAUCGAAGUUCAAUCCUUGCACAUCAUCAGAGAAUUCAUACUGGAGAGAAACCUUACAAAUGUAACGAGUGUGGGAAGGUCUUUAGUCGAAAAGGAACCCUUGCAAGUCAUCAGAGAAUUAUACUGGAGAGAAACCUUACAAAUGUAAUGAGUGUGGUAAAACCUUUUAUCACAGCUCAAUCCUCGCUCGACAUCAGAUAAUCCAUAAAGGAGUGAGAAUAUAUAAAUGUGAUGUAUGUGGCAAAGUUUAUAGUCGAAAUUCAAAUCUUGCAGUUCAUCAGAGAACUCAUACUGGAGAGAAGCCUUACAAAUGUAAUGAGUGUGGCCAGGUCUUUAGUCAGA